AUGGGGGUGGUAAAGGUCAAUGUUGAUGGGGCAUUCCAUCACGCUUCCAGGAAGGGUGGUUUGGGUUUUGUUUUUAGAAAUGAGAAUGGAAUAAUGCUGGGUGGUGGCGCCUGGCCCUUGAGCGGGUUGAAUUCCCCAGAACAUGCUGAAAUUUUGGCAUGCAAGGUUGCUUUAGAGUUUGCGGAGGUUCAUGGUUUUGGACCCGUUCUUCUAGAGACUGAUGCUUUGGAGGUUCAACGUCAACUUUCUUUGCAUGACUCUGUCAAUUUAUCAGGGCUAGGCAGAAUAUAUGAUGAUGUUGUGGCUCUCUUGGAGGCUCAGAGUGUUAUCCAGGUGACUCAUGUAGGUAGGAAAGGUAAUGGGGUAUCACAUUUGUUGGCUAACCAUGCUUGUUCUAUUAGACAGAAUGUUUUUUAUUUAUCAACUCCAGAAUUUUUACAAGCUGCAAUUGCAGCUGACCUUUGUACUGUGUAA